UACCAUCCACAUUUUCAGAUGAACUUCGACACGAGGCUUCUUAGUGUUAUUGUAGAAAAAGUGUUAUUUACUUUGAUAAAGUUAACUGUCCUGUUAACAGUGUUGUUGACUUUUCCUGUGCGUAUGGGCUAUACAUUUACUGACUUUAGAAAAAUUAAGUUAUCUAGUCUUUCUUUGUUGUCAAAAUCUAUUUAAGAUUGGCAUUGCUAUCUAGCAGCGGAUUAUUGAGUCUUUAUAAGGCUAUUAAAACAAGGAAAAAGUAGAAGAGACAAGUGAAUUUUAUAAUUACUGUUGCUUUAAUAAUAACGUCAAAAUGAUGAUGGAUUAUUUUGUAACAAAUAAUUCUUUGGCACCUGCACCUAUGGGAAUACAAAGUACAGCAGGUGCCGUGCCAGUAAAAAAUGAUAAAGGAGAACUCUCUAUGAAAAAAGUGAAAGUGCAUCGUUACGUUUCUGGUAAACGUCCUGAUUAUGCCCCUGUGGCUAGUUCGGAAGAAGAGUCAGAAGAUGAAGAUUUUUUAGAUAAACGAGUUCAUAAAAGUUAUGACGAUAAUGAAACUAUUACCGAUAUCCCACAUUCAGCUCAAGUUGUAAAAAUAAGAGAUGAAGAUGAUCCACGCUUGAGGAGAUUAACACGAUUAGAGAGACAACGAGAUUCAACUACGGAAUCUCAUAUUGAAAGGCAAAGGCAUAUUCAUGAACCUGAAUUAAUUGAGGUAGAACCAGAAAGAUCACGUGAAAGGAUUAAGUUGGAAAGUUCAGAUUCUUCCGAAGAUGAAGAAUUAUCGGAUUCAGAAAUAGAACGAAGACGUGAAGCUUUGAAACAACGAGUAUUAUCAAAAAAGGAGACAGAAGAAGAAUUAUUACAUGGAGAAGAAGAUGAAAGAUCUGGUGAAAGCACGGAAGAAAGUUCAGAAUAUGAGGAGUAUACGGAUUCUGAAGAAGAAACAGGUCCAAGACUUAAACCAGUUUUUGUUAGAAAAAAGGACAGAAUUACAGUUAUGGAAAAAGAAAAGGAGGCAAUGAAACAAAAACAAGCAGAAAUAGAAGCUAAAAAACUAGCAGAAGAACGGAAAAGGCAAACUUUUCGUAUGGUGGAGGAAGCAAUUCGGAAAGAAACACAAGUUAGCAAAACUAACAAUGAUCAAGAGGGUAAGCUUGAAGAUGUUUGUACAGAUGAUGAAAAUGAUGAGGUUGAAUAUGAAGCUUGGAAAUUAAGAGAAUUAAAGAGAAUUAAACGAGACCGAGAAGAGAGGGAACAAAUUGAAAAGGAGAGAUUAGAAAUUGAACGAAUACGUAACAUGACUGAAGAAGAACGUAGACAAGAAGCUCGAUUAAAUCCAAAGGUUAUAACUAAUAAAGCAGCAAAGGGAAAAUAUAAAUUUUUACAAAAAUAUUAUCAUCGUGGUGCCUUCUAUUUGGACAAAGAUGACAACAUAUUUAAGAGAGACUUUUCUGGUGCUACUUUGGAAGAUCACUUUGAUAAGACAAUAUUACCAAAAGUUAUGCAAGUUAAAAACUUUGGUCGUAGUGGUAGAACUAAAUAUACUCAUUUGGUUGAUCAAGAUACUACUCAAUUUGACUCUCCCUGGAUAUCAGAAACUGCUCAAAAUCUUAAGUUUCAUAAUAAUCAAGCUGCUGGAAUGAAACAAGUUUUUGAACGACCAUCUUUGAAAAAAAGAAAAAAUGAAAAUUAAAUUUAAUACACAUAUCUAAGCAUUUAAAAGUUUUACUCUACAGAAAUAUAUAAUCACGUAUUAAAAUUUGUUAAUAAUAAGAUUUGGAUAUAAGAAUGUAUAUAUAAAUAAAAAGUAUAUCUAUUUUAA